GUAUAACAAUCCGGAGAACCAAAAAAUGGCGAUGCCGUCCAAUAUGGGAAUCGGAAAUGCGCAAGGACUUGCUCAACUUCACUCACUUUUGGCGAAAAAACGACUGAUGUCCGAGGAGUUUUAUGACAUGGUCGAGGAACCAGUGCUCGAGAACGAAAUGGACAUCAUCAAUGGCUAUGAGGAGAAUAAGGGCUAUGGCUGGCAAUAUACGAAAAAUCGAUGGGGCGAAUGGUGCUUCGGACAUUCGGGCCACGGUGGCCAAAACGUAAAAGUAGAUGUCAGCCACAAAUUAGCCUUCGCUUUCGUCUGCAAUGGGCUUCAUAUCGCAGACGCAGAUCUCGUCCCCACAUUUGCGCGGCUCCAGGAAAAGCUCUACGACUGCAUCGAAGAGAUCGAAACAUUUGCAUGGCGAAUCUCUGGUCCUGAUAGAACCAUCAAAACCAAGGGAAUAAAUAGU